AUGCCUCGUCGAUUUAGCGGCAACUCCUCCAACGACACCUCUACCAACCCGCCGUCCUUUUCACCUUCUUCGGGAAAGGGCGGUAUCUCCAUCAAGGCCUCCACGGUCAAGUCCAAUCGCCUUUCACAGUUAUUUUCGUCCUCGCCAAAGUCAAAGACGGAAACUGUACAGAGUGGGCACCAACCUAACACUUCUUCUCCGCCGAUAAGUUUGGCCUCACUGUCCCUACCGACGAUCUCUCUAUCAACAGCCACCGCGGAUAAUCCCAGUAUGGACGAGCUGCCUACAACACUCUUCCAGCCUCCGAGCCCGGAGGAGGCUCGUCGGCUGGCCAAGCAACAUGCCCAGUUUGGUCCGAUCGGUCAUCCCAGCCACCGAUACUCCAGCCAACACCCUGGUGGUGUUUUCCCGGAGCCGGUGAUGGAUGAGCCGCCGUAUUAUUACCUGCUCACCACCUAUAUCAGUUACCUAAUUCUAAUUGCUUUCGGACAUGUCCGUGAUUUCUUUGGCAAGCGAUUCCGCGAGGAACACUACCGCCAUCUCAAGCCUCGCAAUGGCUAUGGCGCUCUCAACAGCGAUUUCGAUAACUUUUACGUGCGUCGUUUGAAAUUGCGUAUCAACGACUGCUUCGAGCGCCCCGUAACUGGUGUGCCCGGCCGUACCAUCACUCUCAUCGAUCGGGCCACGGAUGAUCAUAACCAGCACUUCUUCCUGACGGGCACCACAACCGACACCCUGAAUUUGAGCUCGUACAACUACCUGGGUUUCGCCCAGUCAGAUGGCCCUUGUGCCGAUAUUGCAGAAGAAUCCAUCAGGAAGUAUGGUAUCACCGCGCCCAGCACCCGAGCGGAGUCCGGCACACAAGAUCUGCAUGUCGAAGUAGAGGACCUGGUUGCCCGGUUUGUGGGCAAAGAAGCCUCGAUGAUUUUUUCCAUGGGCUUCGGUACCAACGCAACCAUAUUCCCCGCCUUGGUCUCGAAGGGAUGUCUCCUGAUCUCCGAUGAACUGAAUCACGCCUCGAUCCGUUUUGGUGCACGUCUCUCUGGCGCCUCUAUCGCCAUGUUCAAGCACAAUGACAUGAAGGACCUUGAGUCAAAACUUCGAGAGGCCAUCUCUCAGGGACAACCCCGCACUCACCGUCCCUGGAAAAAAAUUCUGGUCGUGGUCGAGGGACUCUACUCGAUGGAAGGUUCUAUGUGCAAUCUUCCUGGUCUUGUGCAGUUGAAGCGCCGGUAUAAGUUCAAUCUGUUUGUCGAUGAGGCGCACUCCAUUGGAGCCAUUGGUCCCAAGGGACGUGGUGUUUGCGAUUACUUCAGUAUUGAUACCUCCGAGGUCGAUAUCCUGAUGGGCACGCUCACAAAGUCAUUCGGUGCCAACGGUGGUUACAUUGCGGCGGACAAGGUGAUGAUCGACCAACUUCGUGCCACCAACCCCGGUGUCUACUACGGAGAGUCUCCUGCGCCUGCAGUGCUUUCCCAGAUCUCCUCCGCUCUGCGCAUCAUUAGCGGUGAGCUCGUUCCUGGCCAGGGUGAGGAGCGACUGCAGCGAUUGGCUUUCAACUCCCGAUACCUUCGUCUCGGAUUGAAGCGUCUCGGCUUUAUAGUGUAUGGCCAUGAUGAUUCACCAAUCAUUCCACUCCUUCUCUUUAACCCGGCAAAGAUGCCUGCAUUCUCGCAUGAGAUGCUCCGGCGCAAGAUCUCGGUCGUUGUUGUUGGCUACCCGGCCACCCCGCUGGUCUCAUCCCGUGCUCGUUUCUGUGUUUCUGCUGCACACACCAAGGAUGAUCUUGACCGUGUGCUGACCGCUUGCGAUGAAAUUGGUAACGUCCUCCAGUUGAAAUUCUCCACUGGUAUCGCGGGUGGUGCACUGCCCGCUGCCGAAAUGCCAGCUCCUCCACCAGAGCUGGAAAAAGAAUGGCACCGCAAGCGCUCGGACAAUAUCUCCCCUCCUCGCUGGCGUGUCGAGGAUGUCAUCCGACGCGGAGUCCAGGAUGUCAAGAAUCCUUUGUACUAG